UCAGUCCAUCCAUUUCAUAGUUGAUACAGAAACAAGCAGCGAGGGUGCUGCGAGAGAAAGAAAACACAAAAUGGGAGGAAGUGUAACAGCAGCAAGAAGAAGCCUUCUCACUCUUUCACUGUCUUCCCCAAACCUCUUCACUCUCUCUCGCCUUUCUUCCUCAGCCAAACGCUUCCCACUUCUCAAACUCUCAAAACCCACUAGGGUUUUACAAGGGUUUAGGCCUCUAUGUACCACCACCACCACCACCACCACCACCGAACCUGACCAAAUCAAGCACUCCAUGCUUCUGGAGCGUCUGAGGUUUAGACACCUCAAAGACUCUGCCUCCAAACCCCCGCUAACUACAACAACUUCAAAGCCACUGAAUGCUGUCCAGACUGAAACUGAAGAUGGGUUUAAGAACAAGAACAAGAAGAAGAAAGUGGUUGAGCGUUUUGAGGAGUUGGGUCUUACUGAGGAGGUUAUGGGGGUUGUGAAGGAGAUGGGUAUUGAAGUUCCUACUGAGAUUCAGUGUAUUGGUAUCCCUGCUGUCUUGGAAGGGAAAAGUGUGGUUUUGGGUUCUCACACUGGCUCUGGUAAAACUUUCGCCUACAUGCUUCCCCUUGUUCAGUUGCUGAGACAGGAUGAGGCAUUGUGUGGUAUGCUAAUGAGGCCGAGGCGUCCUCGAGCUGUAGUGCUAUGCCCCACAAGGGAGUUGUCUGAGCAGGUAUUUCGUGUUGCAAAGUCUAUCAGUCAUCAUGCACGGUUCCGUUCUACCAUGGUAAGUGGUGGUGGCAGGGUAAGACCCCAGGAGGAUUCUUUAAAUAACCCAAUCGAUAUGGUAGUUGGGACCCCUGGCAGGGUUCUUCAACAUAUUGAGGAGGGCAACAUAGUUUAUGGUGAUAUCAAAUAUGUGGUGUUGGAUGAGGCUGACACCAUGUUUGAUCGUGGCUUUGGACCUGACAUUCGGAAGUUUCUUGGCCCAUUAAAAAAUCGUGCAUCAAAACCUGGUGGUGAAGGGUUUCAAACUGUUUUGGUCACUGCAACAAUGACAAGGGCAGUGCAAAAUCUGGUCGAUGAGGAGUUUCAAGGCAUUGUACAUUUGCGUACAUCAACACUGCAUAAGAAAGUUGCAUCUGCUCGACAUGAUUUCAUCAAACUCUCAGGUUCUGAAAACAAGCUGGAAGCAUUAUUACAGGUUCUGGGGCCAAGUUUAUCGAAGGGAAACAGGGUGAUGGUAUUCUGUAACACAUUAAAUUCUAGCCGUGCUGUGGAUCACUUUCUGGGUGAAAAUCAGAUUUCUACAGUGAAUUACCAUGGCGAGGUGCCUGCUGAACAAAGGGUUGAAAACCUUAAAAGGUUUAAGAGUGAUGAUGGAGAUUGCCCCUCACUGGUGUGCACAGAUUUGGCUGCCAGGGGACUGGACUUGGAUGUGGAUCAUGUUAUCAUGUUUGAUUUUCCCUCAAACUCUAUUGAUUACCUUCAUCGCACAGGAAGAACUGCCCGUAUGGGUGCUAAAGGGAAAGUGACAAGUUUGGUGGCUAAAAGGGACCUCGUAUUGGCCACCCGAAUAGAGGAGGCCUUGAGGAAGAAUGAGAGCUUGGAGUCGCUUACUGUAGAUAAUGUUCGGAGGGACAUUGCAAGGUCCCGAAUAACUGAGCAGAAGCGGACGAAUGUUAAAUCGGUUAAGAUUUCAAAUCAGAAAAAUAAGAUUACAAGGAAAUCUAAGGAGGAAUCUGCUCCAAAUUCAAAAAAUAAGGUUACAAGAAAAGGUAAAGAGGCAUCUACUCCGGCAAAAUCUUCCAAGCGAGCAGUUCAGGUAUCAAAGUCAGUAAAGUCAUCAUCCAGUGCAAAUACCUCAAGAAAAGCACCUUCAACUUCAAGUGGGAAGAAGCCAACAGCCAUCAAAAAGUCUAGGCCUGUCAAGUCUGCAGCUUCCAAACUUAGCGUUGUUGGGUUUAGGGGGCGUGCUUCUUGGUCGAAUAAGAAAGAAUCACUGAGGUCCAGUUGAAUGAAUGUACUUCAAUUUUGCAUUAACACUGUAAUGUUUUGAGUUUUUGCACAUUCGUCUAAUUUUUGGAAUGGGCUAAUUCUAUAAGUUUUUGCCUUUCCUGGUUCCAACUUC